GGCCAAAAAGAAAGUUGGAUAGAAGAGUAAAUAUACUCCACUCCACGGACAGACAUCAUGUCGCCUCUGGAUUCUUCCUCCUCUUUCAUUCUUUGCUGAUCUGCUCUCGAACUUCAGUGGCUGGUGCUUAGCUUAUGACGACCCUUCCCUAGAAAUUUAAUAUAUAUCCCUUUUCCUCCUUUCUGCUGAGCUUCAAUGGCUACCUCCUCGCUGAAAUUCUCAUCAUCAUAUAAGAAAUAUGAGAUCAGAAAGAAAAACCCAGAUCCCAAAACCUCUGUUCUUUUAGUUAUUGACAUGCAAAACUAUUUUGCCUCAAUGGCAAAACCUAUGCUCCCUAAUCUUCUCACCACCAUCCACAUCUGCCGGCAAGCCUCCAUCCCUGUCAUCUUCACACGCCAUUGCCAUAAGUCUCCCGCUGAAGAUGGCGGCAUGCUUGCGGAGUGGUGGAACAAUGACCUCAUUAUAGAUGGCACUGUUGAGUCCCGACUUCUGCCUGAGAUAGAAAGGUUGGCCGGGAAAGACGAGGUGAUGGAGAAGAACACGUACAGUGCAUUUGUUAAUACACGGCUGCAGCAGCGGUUAAUGGAGAUGGGAGUGAAGGAGGUUAUUGUGGCUGGAGUUAUGACUAAUUUGUGCUGUGAAACGACGGCGCGUGAAGCGUUUGUGAGAGGGUUCCGGGUGUUCUUUUCGACGGAUGCUACUGCGACGACAGACUUGGAGUUGCAUGACGCCACGUUGAGGAAUUUGGCGUAUGGAUUCGCUUACUUGGUUGAUUGCCAUAGGCUUAAAGACGGGCUACUUCGAAUUAAAUAAUUAAUUAACGGUUUGUUUGUAAAAUUUUAAUUUUUAUUAUUUUUCUGGUUGAUUAAAAUAAAUAUCUGUUGUAAAUGUAUAAUGUUUGAGGGAUGGAAACUUUAUAUAAAAGAUAAACUUAUUUAAGUGAUA